CCCGCCCGCCAUGGCUCUGGAGCGCUGGGCAGAGGCGCUGUCCUUCGGCGCCUUCCAAAGGGGGCUGCCCCGGGGAGCUGCCUACGGCUACGGCGGGGAGAGCCCCGAGGGGCUGCGCCGGAGGGAGCUGGCCCGCCUGGGAGGAAUUACGUACCUUGACCACGCAGGCACAGCACUCUUCCCACAGAGUUUACUAAAAGCCUUCACUGAUGACCUCAAUGAAAAUGUUUACGGGAACCCUCACAGCCAGAAUAUCAGCAGCAAAUUGACAAGUGAUACAAUUGAACAUGUCCGAUACAGGAUAUUGCAGCACUUCAAUACAUCUGUAGAAGACUACACAGUCAUCUUCACUUCAGGCAGUACAGCGGCACUCAAACUUGUUGCAGAGGCCUUCCCUUGGGUUCCUGAAACAGCAGAGGAUCCUGGCAGCCGCUUUUGCUACCUCACUGAUAACCACACCUCUGUGGUGGGCAUGAGAGCAAUCGCUGAUGCAAUGAAUGUAUUGUCAGUUCCAGUGAAACCAAAGGAUCUACUGUCGGGGACAGAUGACUUGGUGGCUGGAGGGAACAGCUGCAAAACACCUCACUUGUUCUGCUAUCCUGCUCAGAGCAAUUUUUCAGGGACUAGAUAUCCUCUUGCAUGGAUAGAACAGAUAAAAUCUGGGCAGCUCCGCCCCAUCGAGGUCCAAGGGAAGUGGAGUGUGCUCUUGGAUGCGGCAUCUUAUGUCAGCACUUCUCCGUUAGACUUAAGCCUUCAUCAAGCAGACUUUGUGCCUCUGUCCUUCUAUAAGAUGUUUGGCUUCCCCACUGGUCUAGGCGCACUGCUGGUAAAGAAUGAAGCUGCUGCUUGCCUGAGGAAAGUCUAUUUUGGAGGGGGAACUGCAGCUGCCUACCUUGCAGGAGAGGAUUUCUAUUUACCGAAAAAAUCAGUGGCUGAGAGGUUUGAGGAUGGGACUGUUUCUUUCCUUGAUAUUAUUGCACUAAAGCAUGGAUUUGAUGCCUUGGAAAGACUUACAGGUGGAAUGAAGAACAUAGAACAACAUUCAUUUGCCUUAGCUCACUACACCUAUAGAAUCCUCUCUACGUUAACAUAUCCUAACGGGGCACCUGCUGUGCAUCUUUACAGUGAUACAGACUUCAGCAGCCCUGAGGUCCAGGGUCCAAUCAUUAAUUUUAAUGUAUUGGAUGAAAAUGGAGAUAUAGUUGGUUAUUCACAGGUAGACAAGUUGGCUGGGCUGUACAACAUACACAUUCGCACAGGCUGUUUCUGUAAUACUGGAGCUUGUCAGCAGCAUUUGGGGAUCAGCAAUAAUGACAUCAAAAAGAACCUGCAGGCUGGGCAUGUCUGUGGUGAUGACAUAGAUGUAGUUGAUGGACGUCCCACUGGGUCUGUGAGAAUCUCAUUUGGCUAUAUGUCUACAUUUGAAGAUGCGCAAGCCUUUCUAAAGUUCAUUAUAACCACCAGACUCAUUGGCUGCAACAUGGUUAAUAUUCCAUCUCCAAGACAGACUAUUUCAGAACUGGUAGCGUCUCCCAGGGAGAAUGGUCACACCUGUGAUAACAACAGUGCAAAUAAGCUGCCUCCGAACAAGAGCACUGGGGACUCUGGACUUAGUACCUCUUCCACUUCAGUGAACAUGCCGGUCAAUCUACAGCCAGCCAAGAGACAUUCAGAAAGAGACAUGACUGAGGUUUUUGGGAACCCAGCAGAAGACAUGCCAAGUGGUAGAAGGCCAGUCACUGUCACCAACAUUUAUCUCUACCCAAUCAAAUCAUGUGCUGCAUUUGAGGUGAUGCGGUGGCCCAUCGGAAAUAAAGGUUUGCUGUACGAUCGUAGCUUCAUGGUUGCCAAUCACAAUGGCGUUUGCAUCACUCAAAAGCAGGAACCAAGACUGUGCCUUGUGCAGCCCUUUAUUGACCUGGAGCAAAAUGUGAUGAUCAUCAGAGCAGAAGGGAUGGAUCCCAUUUCUGUAUCCUUGGAAGAAGACAGUGAAAAUCUGACUCUGACCUGCCAGAGUAAAGUCUGCUCACACAGAGUGCAGACACACGAUUGUGGAGGACGAGCGGCUGAUUGGUUUUCUGCCUUUCUUGGCCGGCAGUGCCGCCUGAUCAGGCAGAGUUCAGACUUCAAAAGAAAUGCUAAUAAGAAAGAUGAAAAAGGAGAGACCUCUGCUACAAGGGCCUCCCUCUCUCUAGUAAAUGAAGCACAAUACCUCCUGAUCAACAGAACAAGUAUUUUGCAGCUGAGAGAUAAAGUUGUGGAAAGACUAGGUGAAUCACUUCCCCCGCAGGAACUCGUCCACCGCUUCCGUGCCAACAUUGUAGUCAGCACAGAUGAGCCGUUCGAAGAAGACCUGUGGGAGGAGAUUGCAGUGGGUCCCCUGCGUUUCAAGGUUAUCGGGCCAUGCCACAGAUGUCUGGUUAUCUGCAUUGAUCAAAAAACUGGAGAACGGAACAAGGAAUUUCUUCAGACUCUGGCUGCCACUAAAGACAAAAAAACUAAGUUUGGAAUAUACCUGAUGAAUCAUCCUGAGAUGCAGGUCUCCCAUCCAGAUACAUUGUCAGUGGGAUCGCCAGUGUUUGCAGCGGUAAAGAACAUUAUCGCAUGUUGACCAUCGGCUGAAGAGCAAACAGGUGGAGGAUUCCUCAGCUAAACCAGCGUAUGGGAAGGUUUUGCAGAUUAUUCAUAUGUGUUCUCAACAGCAAUAUGAUCUUCUCCAAUAUUAUGAGUAAAAGGUCAAUCACCUUUAAACAUUCAGAAAUGACAUGUCACAGCUAAUCAGGUGGAUCAAUUUUUGCAACUCUAUAUCAUUUGAUCAUUUGAUUUCUUUUUUCCAUUCAGGUUCACGAGAGACUUGUUGCAGGGCACUGAUGCUGACUAGGAAAUUUAAUGUCCUCAAAAUGCCACUUCACAAGUUAGACUGAUAGUUAAUAACCUCAAAUAGUCAGCUGAUUUAAAUUAAGUAUGGUGUGUGUGUGUGCAGUGUGUGUGGGGGAGAAGAAAUAGUGCUUUAGAUAAGAAACAGAGAUGGCUGGCUGGAAGUGAAGCACCUUGGGAUUCAAAGGCUUUAACAUGGAUAGCAAAUUUGCUGCCUUGCUGCAGUGCCUGCUGUUAGCUUCCACUGAUGCAAGUAGCACCUGCAACAAAGGACUCAUCCAGACUUCUGCUUUUUUGCCAAUUAUUUUUAUUAAUUUCCCAUAAUCUUUAACAAAUUGCCACCAAAUUAAUACAAGUUUAAAAGCUGAUUUCCCACCCUCCUCCAAAUGUCCCCUCUAUUUUCCUCCCUUCUUUGCUGCUCCCAAUAAAAUAACUUUUACAGCUCUCUUUUCAAAGUACACUCAUCCCUUCUCCCUACACAUCGCCUGUUCAAUUACCAAUUUCUGCUAUGGCUUUUAUACAUUGUUAUAACCUGUCCUGAAAAUAGUCGAAUAGAGUAAAUCCUCUUUUAUCUAUCUAUAAUAGUCAUUAAUCAGUUUUGAAACAUUUCCCUCUGAUGCCUCUUGAGUAGCACUUUGCCUGAGAAAAACAGGUCCUGCUUCUUCCCAGACAACACACACACAGUCCUCCCUAACAUGGCCUUGAACAUUGCUGUCUCACAUCUGGCCCCAGUAAUAAACAGUGUGAAAAUGAACCCCCUAGAAUUUUUUUGUAUAAAUAUAUAAUAUACAUUCCCCCUCUCACACUGCCAAUCUCCCAGCAUCCCCCAUACCUUGCAUUUCUCCAAUUUUAAUCCUCAAUUUUACAUACAACCAGCUCAUAAUUAAUUAAUUAAUUAAUUAAUUAACAUAAUCCGAAUCUCUUCUUAUUUCCAACUUCAAGCUUUGGGGCUGAUGUAAUCCCGCUUUCUUUUUUUACCCACCUUUUGGUUGCUCACCAGCAGCUGGGCUUUAGCACCAAAUAUAAGCCUGAAUGGAAGGGAAAUUGGCCUGGUUUGUGACCAUCUAAAAAGGCAUGUGUUAAUUAUGAGGAGGUGCCAUGAGUUUAUCCAGAAUAGAUCAUUCCAAACCAACCUUAUCUCCUUUUUUGAUACCGUUACUACUUUGGUCCUGUGCCAUUUCUUUCCUAUCUCUGUCUUUCUUCACCUUCAUGCACGCACUGGCCUGGUUUGCUCUUCUUGCUCAUGGCAAGGCUUCACCACCACAAACAUAAAAGAGUACAAGAUUGUGUCUUUGCAGCCCAAGCCUACAGUCUCUGCAAUCCAGUGCUUGCUAGUUCCACUACAUUCAGUGAGGCUUGCUCCCUGCUUAGUUUGCAUAGGAGUGCAGCCUGCAUAGCAGUGUAGAAAGUUAAUUACCUAAUUUGUGGACUGGCACCAGAUUUCCCCUUUUUGUGCAUAAAGAUUGGUGGUGACACUUCACUUGAGUGGCACAUUUGACCAGGGCCAGCCCACCCAUGAGGCAAAGUGAGCCAAGCACCACAGGCAUCAAGAUCACACUCACACACCCACCAUGAUUUCUGAAGUAGAUCUUCACUGAGCCCUUCUUCACUGGUGGGGAAGCCGUUUUGUGGUUCACCUCAGGUGCCAAAAUGUCUUGGGCCAGCCCAGAAUCUGACCCAAUGGUACAGUGAAAUGGAAUGGAGAGAUUUACAUGGCUACAGCCUAGAUGGAAUGCUGAAAAAAUGCCAAGUGGUAAAUUGAGCCACAUUUUUUAUUCAAGUGAAUAACUGUAUUUGUGCACUGUCUACUUAAACAAAAUAAUUUUGCUGUACGUGAAUCCUGACAAUAAAUGCUUUGCAGAUAUUAUCCAAAUAUUUUUGAAGCUAAAUUAUUUGUCUGAUAUUUGAGAUCUAUAUUUGAUAUCAUGGGAUACUUGAUUCCAAUAUUUUAUAUUUAAUAAUAUUUAAUAAUAUUUGAUAUGACAUAUGAUAUAUUAGUAUCUGAAAGCAUUUUAUGGAAGACAUGAAAUAGACAUGAAAUAGGACUCUUAUUUUUUGUAAUACCAGCCAAAACAAUCAAGAGAAUGUAAACAAAUCCAAAGAACUCAAUUUGGAGGGGAAAUGUCUCUCAGGACAAACUAUUCUGUGUUAGAAUUUGCAUUCAUCUUUCUGAAAAGCAGGUUGAAAAUAUUUGCCAAAUUUCAAAUAUUAGAAAAUAUUUGUUUCAGCUAAAAUAUAUUAUUUGUUUUUCUAUGAGCUCAUUUAAUUAAAGUGACAUCUCUUACACUU